CUUUUGGGGGCAAAAUAGUAUUUUCACUAAAUUUUGUAAUCUCAAUUUCCAAAUUCGUGAUUCUCUUCGCUCCGUCAAACAGGAAGCUCUCCUCUUGCUCCUCACUCGCAAAGCGGAACCUGGGAAUCGAAUUCAAGGUUCUCAACAUUUUAUCCGAGGAAGUGAAACUUUGAAUGGCACAAUCUACAAGUUUAGUCCAUACUGGCCUCUUAAAUUAUGGUUUUAGUCUCAAAAUGAAUUCUUCAUAUUGGAGAUAUGAUAUGGUUAAAUCACGACCUUCCCCUCCUCGUAGCUUUCGUGUCAAAGCUGUACAAGAUACCGGGGGUCCUCGUAGGUUAGUUGAUAUCAUUAGACUUGUGCCUGAGCUCUCGAGAAAUUACUUUCGGAGUCCUUCGAGGAGGGCCCUUUUUGGAGGAAUCUCAUUGUUGGGUGGCUUUUAUGUGGCACAGACUAUCUCAUUGUCAUUUGGAGCUUUAGGAGUAAAUGAUGUUAUUGCUGCUGUGGUAUGCGUUCUCCUUACCGAGUAUGUUACUCGAUUUUAUUACAGUCGACCAAAGCCUCCGUGCCUUUCAAAUAUUGUACAACAGCAGAUACAAAUUUGGGUGCUGGCCCUGAGUACAAGAUGAACAUAUUGUUUGGAUUGGAUUCUCUCAACUUGCAAAAAGAGAGGAAAUAACCGCACAGAAUUUUCCUAUGUAACACUGUUAUUACGUCAAGUAUUCGGUCUCUUAAGAGACCGUUCGAGGGAAGGAUUAAGUUAGGUUAUAGAGGGAGGGAAAGACUAGGUUAAGUUAUGGAGGGUUAGUGUUAUGAUAAAAUUAGUGUUAUAAUAAAUCUAAUAUUAUUAUGAUAAUAUGUGUUUAGAGAAAGGAUUAUGUAGGUAAUAUUAUGAUAAUGUUAUGAUAAUAUAUGUUUGGGGAAAGAGUUAGGUACUUAUGAGGGGGAAGGGUUAUGUAGGUAGUGUUUUGGAAUUUAUUUUUUUAUACAUUUUUUAAAAAUUUGUAUUCUAAAUUCAAUGUACAAGUUUUCUAUAUUUAAUUUACCAAA